AUGCGCGUAGCGGUGAUCGGAGCAGGGGUGAUCGGGCUGUCCACAGCCUUGUGCAUCUAUGAUCAGUAUCACUCGGUCGUCCAGCCCCUGGAAAUUGAGGUCUAUGCUGACCAGUAUACGCCGCUCACCACCAGCGAUGGAGCAGCCGGGCUCUGGCAGCCCUACCUGGACGAUAAGAGAAAUACUCAAGAAACGCUCUGGAACAAAGAGACAUUUGAUUACCUGUGUGGACACCUGAACUCACCGGAAGUAGAGGAAAUGGGACUCUUCCCAAUUUCUGGCUACAAUCUCUUUACACAGCCAGUUCCGGACCCACCUUGGAAGGACAUUGUCCUGGGAUUUAGGAAUCUGACAGCAAAAGAGCUUGAACUCUUCCCUGGUUACAGCUAUGGUUGGUUUAACACAGCACUAAUCUUAGAGGGCAAGAGCUAUUUGCCUUGGCUUACCAAGAGGUUAAAGCAGAGAGGAGUCAAGUUUUUUCAUAAGAAGGUUGAAUCCUUCCAUGAGAUGGUUGCCAAGGGCGUGGAUGUUAUAAUAAACUGUACCGGGGUCCGUGCAGGGGAACUGCAACCAGACCCAGGGUUAAUGCCAGGCCGAGGACAAAUCAUAAAGGUCCUAGCCCCUUGGGUGAAGCAUUUUGUCCUGACUCAUGAUCUUGAAUCUGGAAUCUAUAACUCACCAUACAUUAUACCUGGGAGCAAGCUAGUGACCUUGGGAGGGAUAUUUCAGCUGGGAAACUGGAACAAAGAGAACAGCCCCCAGGAUCACAAAACAAUUUGGGAAAAUUGCUGCAAGCUGCUCCCUAGUCUCCAGAAGGCAAAGAUUGUGGAUGAAUGGAGUGGCUUCCGCCCUGUGCGCUACACAGUUCGGUUGGAGAGAGAGGCAGUUCGUCAUGGACCUUUACAAUCAGAGGUGAUACACAACUAUGGCCACGGUGGUUUCGGACUCACCAUCCACUGGGGUUGUGCCAUGGAAGCCGCCAGGAUCUUCGGAAGGAUUCUAGAAGAAAAGAAGCUGGCCCGACCACCACAGUCCCACCUUUGA